UCUAUGAAUUCGUCCUCUCCAGGGAGCAGGCGCUGCGAGGAUUCGGCGUCCUCUUCGUGUUGCUGGCCAUCGGCGAGUACGCCCGCGUUCGCUUCGUGGAGCACUGGCUGAGCAAGCUAACGUUCCGGGUCAUGAGCCUCCUUGCCCGCAACUACGAGGCCACUCGGCUCAGCGGCAUGGUCUUCUUCGUAGCAGGUGUGCUGGCGUGUAUCACGUUGUUCCCGAGGAACGUUGCGAUCCUCAGCAUCCUCUACCUCUCCUUCGGGGACCCCUUUGCGUCCACUUGCGGCAUCCGGUACGGCUACCUCGGGCCCAAGUUCAGCAACGGAAAGUCCCUUGUAGGAAGUCUCGGGGGCCUCUUUGCCUGUGCCUUCACUACCACGGUGUACUACCUCUACCACGGCUUUCCUUUCAACGGGUCUCUCCUCCUCGUCUCGCUCUUGGGCGGCAUUGCUGGAGCCAUUCCCGAGACCUUCUGCGGUAGAAUACACGAAGGAACCGGGGGACCCAUCGACCUUGACGACAACAUUGCCGUUCCCGUUGGUUCCGGUUUCAUCUUCUUCCUCUUCCUCCAGCUCUUCCCUGCCUACCUCUGAGCCCGCUGACUUGCCGCGUCUGCACCUUGCUGCCCUGUCCCGCAGGGGAGUGGUGAUGUACAGGCAAAGUUUUGAAGGCUUACAAACAGCUUGUCGUUUAAAC